AACAGCGAAACGAAACGGAAAUAAAUGGGGGCGUAUUCACAUGAUUUAUAAAUAAAAAAAAAAGUCUAAAUUAGACAUCAUUACAUUAUAGAGUCUAGAGACAAUAGCCUAGUCUAGAUCUACAUAGAUCUAUAAUAAUCUAUAUAACAGAAACAUCUCUGGAUUAGGAAAUUUAAAAUUAACAACAAAUGAAAUUCAGGUUUUGUGGAGAUUUAGACUGUCCUGACUGGGUACUAGCAGAAAUAAACAUUUUAUCUAAAAUAACAUCUGUUAAAAUAAAAUUUUUGACAGUUCAAGUUUUGAAAGAUAUUUUGGGUGAAAGUCUAGAUUAUGAAAAAGUUCACAAGCUAACCUCAGACGCAAAAUUUGAAAUCGGAGAUAUUAAAGCAUCAAUAGCUGCUUUGUCAUUUAUUCUGACAAGUGCUGCUAAAUAUAAUGUUGAUCCUGAAACUUUGUCCAAUGAGCUACAGCAGCUUGGAUUACCUAAAGAACACACAACAUCCUUGUGCAAGUCUUAUUCAGAUGGUCAAUCAAGUUUACAAGAACAUUUUAGAAAAACCAGUCUUAGAGUGUCCAAUCUUGAUUCAGUUCAAUGGAGAGUUGACUAUGUCUUGAGUUCCAGUGAACUACAGGAAGUCAAUGAACCAAGUGUCCAGCUAAAGCUAGGAAUAAAGCCUGGGGAGACAAGUCACCUUGAACCUGUAACCUUCACCUUAACAGCAGACAAGUUUAGAGUUUUAUUACAUGAAUUAAAACAAGCUCAGAACAUCAUGACCAAUUUAGGAAAUUAAAUAAAGAUUACAUUGUGUAGGACUUAUGGUUUAUAUUUACCUAUGAAUGUGUUGAAAGAGCUUUUUUGUACUUUGAUUGUACGAGUUAUUGUAUGUUUUAUUCUAUAGUUUGCGGGUGUUGCAUUCUUGUCAAAGUUGGUUUGAAUGUGUUGCAAGAGCUACGUUGAGAAAGUGCAAUUUUUUUUUAAAUUGUGCAUUUUUUUGUCAAAUAAUUUUUUAAAUUAAUAAACAUUCUAAUGUUUUAAAAAAAUUAA